AUGGAAGGGGAGACUGUGUGGGCUGCGUGGGCCUGUGGCAGCUUCUCCACAGACAAGAGGUUGGCCGUCAUCCAUAGACUCUCUGUGGCCACCAGGCCCUGCCGGCCCCGGGGCUGGCAGGGCCCUGUGCCCCUCAAGACGCUCCUCUCUGUUUUAGUGCCCCUCUCACCUGAGGAGGAACCCAGAGCGGCGCGGGGGCACCUGAGCCAGGAAGCGAGCAGGCCGGCCGGGACCGCGCGUGCCCAGCGGAGUGGCAGGCGCAGCCCAGGACUCCCGGCGCCCACCUCCUGCUGUAGUCCGGGGCCGAGACUUGUGUUCAAUCGUGUGAACGGCCGGCGGCCCACCGCCACAUCCCCAUCUCCCGAAGGGACCCAGGAGAUCUACACACUGGCCCACGAGGAGAACGUCCGCUUUGUGUCCGAAGCCUGGCAGCAGGUGGCGCAGCAGCUGGACGGUGGCUCAGCCGGUGAGGGCGGGCCAAGGCCUGUGCAGUAUGUGGAGAAGACCCCCAAUCCCCGGCUGCAGAAUUUUGUGCCCAUUGACCUGGAUGAGUGGUGGGCGCAGCAGUUCCUGGCUAGAAUCACCAGCUGUUCCUAGCAGCUGCCUAGGAAUAAGCCUGCCGCAGCGGACCCUUCACCAGAAGAGGACCAUGGUGCCCAUCCACCCACUGUGGCCUGGCUGGGCGCCGGCUACACCUGAAGUGCCAGCAUUUGGACUUUCGUACCUGUGGCUCCCCUGGCCCAGCUCUCCCAAGCUGCCGGGGGUCAAACCUGUCUGACCUCAGCCCUGCUCACUGUGCCCAGGGACCAGCCCCUGGGGCUGGCAGGGAGGAGCUCCAGGCUAAUAAAGUUGAGAAACUGC